ACCCUGGAUUCUCGAAAUUACCCUGGAACUCUCUGGAACCUCUUCCCUAGUUCUUUCCCCUUUUAAACCCUCUCUCUCCACUUCGACCUUCUCCGCUUCAUUUCCUUCUUCUCUGAACUCCAACGCACAAAGUCCCUACACAAGCCUUCUCUCUUCCACAUUUCGACAUGGACGAGGAUUUCGACCUGCCAGCGCCGGAACCCAUGAACGAGGACUUCGACUUUGCCGGCGCCGGUGACGGAGACAACCCCGUCUUCAAGGUCGGCGAGGAGAAGGAGAUUGGAAAACAGGGCCUUAAGAAGAAACUCCUCAAAGAAGGUCAAGGAUGGGAUACCCCUGAAGCUGGUGAUGAAGUUCAAGUUCACUAUACUGGGACGUUGCUUGAUGGAACCAAGUUUGAUUCCAGCAGAGACAGGGGAACUCCAUUCAGUUUCACGCUUGGACAAGGGCAAGUUAUUAAAGGAUGGGAUCAAGGUAUUAUAACAAUGAAGAAAGGUGAGAAUGCCCUUUUCACCAUCCCAGCUGAGCUAGCUUAUGGUGAAUCUGGUUCUCCUCCAACGAUUCCUCCCAAUGCAACUCUUCAAUUUGACGUGGAGCUACUGUCUUGGACUAGUGUAAAAGACAUAUGCAAGGAUGGUGGUUUAUUUAAGAAGAUACUUACUGAGGGAGAUAAAUGGGAGAAUCCCAAGGAUCCUGAUGAAGUAUUAGUGAAGUAUGAAGCACAUCUUGAAGAUGGAACUCUUGUGGCAAAAUCUGAUGGAGUGGAAUUCACAGUUAAUGAAGGUCACUUUUGUCCUGCGUUGUCAAAGGCUGUUAAAACCAUGAAGAAGGGAGAGAAGGUGAUUCUGACUGUGAAGCCACAAUAUGGGUUUGGUGAGAAAGGUAAGCCAGCACAUGGUGACAAAGGUGCAGUUCCACCAAAUGCAACAUUGCACAUUACUCUCGAGUUAGUUUCUUGGAAGACUGUGUCAGAAGUAACUGAUGACAAGAAGGUCAUUAAGAAGAUCCUCAAGGAAGGGGAAGGAUAUGAGCGUCCAAAUGAGGGAGCCGUUGUGAGAUUGAAAGUAAUUGGAAAGCUGCAAGAUGGUACUUUAUUUUUGAAGAAAGGCCAUGACGAUGAAGGGGAGCUGUUUGAAUUCAAAACAGAUGAGGAGCAAGUAAUUGAUGGGCUUGAUAGAGCUGUGUUGACUAUGAAGAAGGGUGAGGUAGCGUUGCUGACUGUUGCCCCUGAAUAUGCUUUUGGUUCAUCAGAGUCUCAGCAGGAACUGGCUGUGAUCCCGCCUAACUCCACUUUGUAUUAUGAGGUUGAGUUGGUAUCAUUUGUGAAGGAGAAGGAAUCCUGGGAUAUGAACACACAAGAGAAGAUUGAAGCUGCUGGUAAGAAGAAAGAAGAAGGGAAUGCACUAUUUAAAGCUGGUAAAUAUACAAGAUCUUCUAAAAGAUAUGAGAAGGCUGUAAAGUUCAUAGAGUAUGAUACCUCCUUCAGCGAAGAGGAGAAAAAGAGCUCCAAGGCAUUGAAGGUUGCCUGUAAUCUAAACAAUGCAGCAUGCAAGUUGAAGUUAAAAGAUUACAAACAAGCGGAGAAAUUGUGCACAAAGGUAUUGGAUCUUGAGAGUACUAACGUGAAGGCUCUCUAUAGAAGGGCCCAGGCAUAUAUCCAGUUGGCUGACUUAGAUUUGGCUGAAUUUGAUAUCAAGAAGGCUCUUGAGAUUGACCCUAACAACAGAGAUAUCAAGCUUGAGUACAAGACUUUGAAGGAAAAGAUGAAGGAGUAUAACAAAAAAGAGGCAAAAUUUUAUGGAAAUAUGUUCAACAAACUGCAUAAGCUAGAUUCUCUUGACAGUAAUAAACCAGCGUCCAAGGAUGCCCAACCCAUGAAUAUCGACAGCAAGGCAUAAACACUAUGGAAAUUCAUCUAAUUUCUAGGGUCUGCGUUCUUAUUAUUUGUGGACAUUUGGAAAUUAUGAUGGAUUGCGGAAUGUGAACGGGGAUAAAUUUUGUUUGUUAUUGUUAAGGACAAUUUUAUAUUAGUGAUGUGUUUCUUUUUUUAAUAUAUAUUUGUUUGAUGCA